AUGCAGAUGAAGGGAGAUGACUCUAUUCUGCGAGUAAAGGGAAACUACUCGGACUCCAAGUUAAGGAAGACCAAAAGCAGCAAAGCGAGCCCUACCAGUACACUAAGGAGCCCUACCAGUACACUAAGGAGCCCUACCAGAGCCCUACCAGAGCCCUACCAGUACACUAAGGAGUCCUACCAGUACACUAAGGAGCCCUACCAUUACACUAAGGAGCCCUACCAUUACACUAAGGAGCCCUACCAGUACACUAAGGAGCCCUACCAGUACACUAAGGAGCCCUACCAGUACACUAAGGAGCCCUACCAGUACACUAAGGAGCCCUACCAAUACACUAAGGAGCCUUACCAUCACACUAGGGAGCCUUACCAGUACACUAAGGAGCCCUACCAUUACACUAAGGAGCCCUACCAUUACACUAAGGAGCCCUACCAGUACACUAAGGAGCCCUACCAUUACACUAAGGAGCCCCCUACCAGACUUUUUGCGAAUCUCGCAUCUCACAUCGAUGGGAUCAAAAGACAAUUUACCUUAAGGGGGCUCGUGCCACUGUCAACAUAUAAAACAUUCAUGGUGACGGUCGGCAGCGGAGAAGUAAACAAUGCAAGUGACACUAUCGAGUUCUCUACAGCCGUACCAGAAGAGAACUACCUGCGCGUGGUCCGUAAUUCUGUGUACCCGGAGGAGGCCAUCAUUAUCAUCAUUUUGCUGGCUAUUUGGAUUGUAGCCGUGGUACUCUUCUUCAGACAGUGGGACAGUAUACGGAUUUUACAACCGAUGGAACCGCGGUAUCGACAUUCACCUAAAAACCUCGAGUCCAUCAAAGUGGUGAAGCGACCACAGGAUAGUGUCAUUUAUAAAAACUACAAUCGUAAACUCUCAGUUACCAUGGUGGCACGAGAGAAACGGCAUCUUCAAAGGAUGCACACGGCACCAGCGUUACCCACGUGUUCUCUGAUCAUGAGUACGUUACCUACAAUUCAAAUGGAGGAUGUUAUGACGGAAAUGUAGAACGAGCGUUAUUAAAAUACACGUGUUUUCUCCUGCAACAUGUGUUUACAUACCGCAAUGCUGUGGUCGUCAGUCUGGCAAAGUCCCGCGCAUAGUAAACCAACUUAAAGUUGUUUAGUGGAAUUCAAUCAUAAUGGAUCUUAAAGUUGUUUGUUUGCAAAUAUUGAAUUAUUCUUUUUUUUUUUAGUCAGAAUUUAAAAAUAAAUUUAUAUUCAUAAUGUAAAAAUCAAUGCAAUGGCUUCCGUGAUUCGGGCCUCGGGAUACAAAAAACAUAAAUACUAGUAGUAACAAGAUGGUGUUGCGGACCUCGCUAUACGGCGUGAGUGAUCAAAGGGAGGUAACUUCUCUUUGUGUAAGCCCAGAAGUUCGAUUCGUCAAGACUGAGUGAAUUUUAGGAAAGAAAAGUGUUUCACUGAACAUGAUUAUAGUUCUUUCUCACGUGAAACAAUAUACAAUGGUGCUACAGGAACGGUGGAAACAGAUUUAAACGUAGCAGUAACAUUCCGGGUACUCAACAGCAUGUGACUAGUUGUUCAAACCAAGUUAAUUCAUAAUGAUGACUGGUGCUUUCUUUUCCGAAUCGUUAAAAAUACUGCAAACAUAAGGUUAAAUUUUAUUCAAACUAAAUUGCUAGUGAUGCUGUUCUAACUGUACAAGUGAUCCAUUAAUGAUAAGAUAACUGUUUAUGUAUACAAAUAGGAUGUUUUAUUUCGAUGCUAUCCUGGACCUAUUUGUAACACUUUGAUUAGUUGACAGGUUUGAACAACUGGUACCAAAUCUGUUAGAUAAUGUUUGGUAUAUCAUUCACCAUGUCCUCUGUAUAUACAACAUACUGUACCGGCACAUUAUAUAUAUAUUACAGUCAUGUUUUUAUUUGUAGGUGAAAAGCGGCCUUCCUUUUGAAUAUAAAGUUACAUGUGACCGUUAUAAAUAUAUUGUUUGUAUGUUUGUGUAUGUUUAUGUUUACUUACAUCAUAAAUUCAUUUAUAUUUUAGUUUUAUCUGAAUGAAAAGCAGUUAGGUAAAAAUGUUUCGUAAACUAUCUCAGAUCACUAUUAUCUGAAAAUCAUGGCAAAGCUUUUUACAACUUUCGGCAAUGACAUAAUGAUAAUCCAUGUAUUAACUUGAGCUCCAGUAAAUUCCGAAACUAUGACGAAUAUACCAUUGGUUAAGGAGAUAGCGAAGACCUGAAUAUAUGUGUUUUCUUUAAUAAUUCUUCACAACAAAGGUAUACUAUCUGAACUGGAAUGGAUAAUAUGGACACAUUAAACAUUAAUCAAAUGUCGUCCGAGUGAACCAUUUGACUGGUGAUUCUCAAAUUCCACAUAGUGAUUUCUCAUCGUUUCUGUGGUGCAUAUUAGGUUUUGGAACUGAUCUGAAAAACAAAAUGGACGGUUGUGAUCACUUCUUUAGAAGGACUUUAUGGGUUAUUAUCAAAUUUCAUGUUAGGGGUGUAGAUUACAGAGACAACUCGUUAUACAUGUUUAAUAGUGGGGCUGAUCAGAAAAACAAAACAGAUCAAUAGAUGGUUAUCUUUGAUUUUUUAAAUCUAAGUUUGUUGUUGUUUUGUUCUGAAAAUAAUCCGUUUCAAUAAAUAUGGAAAUCGGGAAAUGAACGACGGGCGUCUUUGAUUUUGAUAGUAUUCAGUUUGUUAUUCGUAUAUUCGUAACGAUCACGUGACACCUUGGUUACCAACCUUAUCUAGCUGGUCUGACAAAACGUCAGAAUUCUUUAGACUUCUUAUCUAGUGUAUAUCUAAACGAUGUCGGAUAUUAUUUUAACAGAAAAGGGUUUUAUUUAAAAUGAUGUGAAUAUUUUAUUGUUUGUACGUGUGCACGAUCAUAUUUGUUUUUAUGUAAUGGAAUCGGUAAAUUUUUGUCUGUGUGCACGAGCUUGUGUGUAAGAUAAGUGGAAUGAUUUAGCGAAUCUGUUUGUAUGUACAUGUCUACUGGGAUCUGAUGUCGUAAGAGCAGGAAUGUUAGGAAUGUGAUUGGCUGGAGUUGGUGCAAGCGUAAUCCAAAUAUAUUGGCAGGGUAUAACGCCUGAGAUUACGUGACAUGUGUUGGGCAGUUUAAAUGUGCAUGUCUGUUUGUCAUACUUUCUGUUUAUAUUUCAUGACGGGAUUUGUAAACGUUAAUUUGUAUCGUGUCACUAAUUUUGUAUUUACUAACGAGCCUUGUUGAGCAAUAUUGACCUCGCUAAAUUGCCAUUGUAUCGUUAUUAUGUCAGUGUAUUUAUAGAUUGUCCCUGUAUAUAGACGUAUCAAUCUUCAUCUCCUCUAUGUCGAAUGUCAUGUGAAACAGCUUCAAAUAAUAAUUGUAGUUGAUGUAGAAGAAAAUAUUGCCAAAACGUAUGUGUUCCUACAACAAUGGAUGCACGUGUAUGUCCCAUAAACUCGCUAUAUUGUAUAGUGUAUAAUGAUCUUUUCCAUUCCAAGGCAGUUUCGGGGGUUGAAAUCGAUUCUGAACUUCUUGUCCAUUACACCAUUUAAAACACGUAGUAAAGCGCAAUAUAAAAUAUUACAAAUAUUACGACGGUAACAUCAUAAUAAAAAUAAAAAUAAUAUUCACAUUGUUACGUUAUAUAAUUUACUACAACACUUAUCACAGAAUAUUACUUUCUGACAAAACAAUAUAUUUGCUGAAUUUAUGAACAGAAUAUGAACACAUUUUUUCACACAAUGGACGUCAAUUUGGGGGCAUCAGUCAAAAUUCGCAUAACAUCACACCAAAAUGAUUCUACAUGUUUCAGAAAGGUAUUUGGUGUCACGCGUAGCCUCUGCAGUAUGAAAUGAAAAAUCUGUCGCUGUACGUUAGGAAGUGACAUUAACCUUUCUUGUCCAGAAACACGUGCUUUUACUUCAGGCUCAUUAUACAUACCUGUAAAUUUCCACGGUCACACAGCACACGUCAAGGUAUAGGCUAUUUAUUGCAGAAGAUUCAGCUCAAUGUCGAUUUCCAGACAAUUUACAGCUGUCGAACAGUCAGAGAAAUAUAAAACAGCCUCUUAAUAUCCUGCUUCAACACAUCGUGUUUUUUUAUAAAUGGAAUGUUGAUCGAUACAAUUUUAAGCAUUAUGUAAAAAUACUCGUGUGCUCCAUUUCUGGCUGCAUUACAGUAUGUUAAAAGUCCGAAGUCCGCUGUAAACAUGAUCUAUUUGGUGUUGUAAACAUGUUGUUGUCGUUAAAAGUCAUGGAUUCAAAACAUAAAAUAUGGGUUGUGUUCAGAAAUAUAGAACCAUGAUUUUUUCAUACAUUUCUCUUACCUUUGUGACGUAACAUGUUUUCCUUCUUUUUUCUGUAUGCCGAUUCCAUCUCUGGGGAUAGAUUUAUCUAUAUGACGUCACAUCUAUUUGACACGUAUCACUUUAUUUAAUGUACUUGCAGGUGACGUCAGAGUUUUUUAUGUACCCAUCUCCUUGUAUCUGCAUCCGCGUAUUGCAUUUAUUUAGUUAUAGAUAUGUAUGACGUCACGGUUAAUUUAUACCUAUCACUUUAUUUACUGUACCUUCACAUGCAAAUGACGUCACAUUUUGAAAAAAAUAUAUAUGUACCCAGCCCUACCUACGUCAGUGUAUGUCAUGUAUACAUAUGUAUGACGUCAAUGUGUACUCAUCCCCUUGUAACUAUGUUCCACAUUAACGCUUCAGUAUAGUACUAAAAUUAACCGGAAGCUUUAAAUUCACAUUCAGCGAAGAAAUAACAAAAAUGAGUGAAUGUAUCUCUCUUUUGGUGAUUGACAGUAAUCGGUCAUUGAUCAUUGACGGAGUUUCUUAUCUCCAAAGAUAAUACCAAAAUAUAUCGAGUCAAAACUAUUAAUCACCAUACAAUAUGCUAUAUUCCUUAACGUUUGUAACUAUACCCACAUAUCUGUAUGUAUUACAAAGUGUAGGUAAAUAGUCACUUCCCGAUACCAUGUAAAGAUGACGGGACGUCAAUGACAUUCGCUUUUGAUAGUGAGAACGCGGUGAAUCCAAUCAUAAUUAUUAAAUGUUAAGGUCAGUUCUUCCCUCUAAAUAUUCCCUUUAAUAAUAGAUGUUGUAUCUAGACUCGUGUCACAACAAGUAAUCUCUAAUGUCUUCUUAACGAUGUCAAGUGCUUUUAACAUUCAGAUAACAAAGUCCACUGGUUCUAACGUCUAGAUAACAAAGUCCACUGGUUCUAACGUCUAGUUAACAAAGUCCACUGGUUCUAACGUCUAGUUAACAAAGUCCACUGGUUCUAACGUCUAGUUAACAAAGUCCACUGGUUCUAACGUCUAGUUAACAUUGUCCACUGGUUCUAACGUCUAGUUAACAAAGUCCACUGGUUCUAACGUCUAGUUAACAAAGUCCACUGGUUCUAACGUCUAGAUAACAAAGUCCACUGGUUCUAACGUCUAGAUAACAAAGUCCACUGGUUCUAGCUUCAAGUUAACAAAGUCCACUGGUUCUAACGUCUAGUUAACAAAGUCCACUGGUUCUAACGUCUAGUUAACAUUGUUCACUGGUCCUAGCGUCUCGUUAACUAUGUACGGUUGUUCUAACUUCUAGUUUACGAUGUCCAAUGACUCUAAAGUCUAUUUAACGAUAUCCAGUGAUUCUUCAGUCAGUGGUGUUUUAUAUCGCUCAUCAUAUACUGAUUUCAUUUUCCGUCCGAUGUCUUUGUACUCUCUCGUCAUAUUUGAAUGGUUGAAUUGGCGAUAUCCACUGUUUAUAAGUAAUUAUAGAGAUGGGAGAGCAGUGAGGAAGGGCGACAACUCGCAUGUUCUUUGGUCCAAUGUUGUAAGUCAUGCAUACUGUACCUCAUGUGCUGUCAUUAUGUGUAACAAUUCCGUUUGUAUGAAAUGAAAUAAAUCAUUCUCGAUAUCAAAAUA